UUCCGUCACAUACCUAGUCCUACUAAAAGCCUUUCUAGCUAAGCUAAUUCGGUCACUGGUGCAAGCAGCCAGCUAGAGAUCAUCCAUCAUCCAGAAGACUUGCGAGUCCUAUAAAACCCGCCCGGUGCGCCGGCCGAGCAGCAGCAGCAGCAGCAGCUAAUUAUUCCCCACACCUCGAUCGAUCCGAAGAGCUUCAUCAGCUAAUAAUUCUUUCCAGAACUUGAAUCCAUCCGUCCAUCAUGUACGGGCACCCUGGAGGCAGCGGCGGCUACCCACCGGCGAUGCCGCCGCCGCCGCCGCAGCAGUACGAGCCGACGUUCAAGAUCUUCUGCCGCGCCGACGAGUCCUACUGCCUCACCCUCCGCCACGACGCCGUCGUGCUCGCCCCGGCCAACCCCCGCGACGACUACCAGCACUGGUACAAGGACACGAGGCACGGUGGCCGGAUCAAGGACGCGGAGGGCCUGCCGGCCUUCGCUCUCGUCAACCGCGCCACGGGGCUCGCCGUCAAGCACUCGCUCGGCCAGUCCCACCCGGUGAAGCUCGUCCCCUACAACCCGGAGUAUCCCGACGAGUCGGUGCUGUGGACGGAGAGCCACGACGUCGGCAAGGGCUUCCGCUGCAUCCGCAUGGUCAACAACAUCCACCUCAACUUCGACGCCUUCCACGGCGACAAGGACCACGGCGGCGUCCACGACGGCACCACCGUGGUGCUCUGGAAGUGGUGCCAGGGGGACAACCAGUCAUGGAAGAUCCUGCCAUGGGCCGAGCCCGAGCCAGCCUACGGCGGCGCUGGGUACGGCUACGGCGGGUACCCGUCCGGCGGGCCACAAGAGCCCUACCCACUGGCGCCGUACGGCGGCGGGUACCGCCCCGGCCCGCCAGGCGGUGGCGCAGAGGCGUACCCGCCGCCGGCGCACGGUGGUUACCGCCCCCCGCCUGGCGGCGCGGAGCCGUACCCGGCGCACGGCGGUUACCGGCCUCCGGCGAUGGGAGACGGCAGUGGCGCCGAGGUGUACGUUCCGCCGCCGGGCCCGGGGUAUGGUGAUAACAACCAGCUGCCGCACGCGCUGGCGUCGGAGUCGACGAUGCGCGUGUUCUGCAGGGCCGGGGAGGACUACAGCCUCACGGUCAGGAGCGGCACGGUCUGCCUGGCGCCGACCAACCCCAGAGACCAUUUCCAGCACUGGGUCAAGGACAUGAGGCACAGCACGCGCGUCAAGGACCAGGAAGGCUACCCGGCCUUCGCACUCGUCAACAAGGUCACCGGGGAAGCCAUCAAGCACUCCCUCGGCCAGAGCCACCCCGUGAAGCUGGUGCCGUAUAACCCGGAGUACAUGGACGAGUCGGUGAUGUGGACGGAGAGCAAGGACGUGGGCAAAGGCUUCCGCUGCAUCCGAAUGGUGAACAACAUCCAUCUCAACUUUGAUGCCUUCAAUGGCGACAAGGACCACGGCGGCGUCCAUGACGGCACCACCGUGGUCCUCUGGGAGUGGUGCAAGGGCGACAACCAGCGCUGGAAGAUCAUCCCCUGGUAAAUGCAGAGAGCGCGCGCGAUGAUCGCUGUCAGACUCGGUUGGAAUAAAAGAGGUCUGCUAGUUUGGUCGAUCAUUCCCUUGUGGACUUGUUAUGUGAGAGACAUCGAGUUUUUUGUGUAUAUCCUUUUUGUGCUGUUUGUCCAACUGUCAGUGCGAUGCAUUAUACUCCGUAUAUCCUUCUGUUUUUCUUGUGGGUGUCGUUGUUACCGGGGCUCAAAAGUUGUCGGUUCUGAUGGCAGCUGAUGCCAACUGGUAUGACUAGCUGAAGAAAUUGACCUGCAGGCACUGGAUUUAACA